GUGUACGAUAACAUCAGGCAUGGGGUGAAAAACGCGUUCACGUGUUACUCGUGCGAAACGGUUAUGUCGUUAGCAAAACUGUCCGUCUAUUCUGUGGGUGAACUUAAUUACUUGAUGGCCGGAGUGUGCGAGUCGUUCCGGUUUGAGGACAGGAGGGUGUGCUCCGGGCUGUCCGACCUAUUCUCGGAACAACUCUACUACAUACUGAGGCACACAAAUUUGACCAAGAGCCAACUGUGCGCCACUCUUAUAGGCGCUGAAUGCCUGUCUAAACCCUGUGCCGACCGACACGAAUGGCUGAUAGAGUUGGACACCAACUACACCGCUGUCCCAGUGGUCAACACUGACUCUCAAACCUACCGUAUGCUACACCUGUCGGACCUGCACAUUGACCCCUACUAUAGCCCGGGCGCGCACAGUGACUGCGGCGAACCCCUGUGCUGUCGGGCCAGCAGUGCAAAGGGUAAGACCACAGCUGGCUAUUGGGGCGACUAUCAGGCUUGCGAUUCGCCAAAGUAUACCAUUGAAAAGCUCAUGUCGUAUAUCAACGCCACGUUUCCGGCCGACCACUACCAGUACGUGAUCUGGACGGGCGAUAUCACAGCACACGAUGUCUGGAACACCACCAGAGAUACCAUUGUCAACGGUUCCCGAGCCCUGACAUCACUGAUCAGCACAUAUAUAGCGCCCGGAAGACUAGUGUUUCCAGUGGUGGGCAAUCACGAGGGACUUCCCGUUAAUCAGUUCCCGCCGCCCGAUAUCAAGGGUUUGUUGUCUAAUAACUGGCUAUACCGGGAACUGUUGGCCCAGUGGUCACAAUGGAUACCUGAAGAGUAUCACCAGAUGUUCCGUAAGUACGGGUGUUAUGCAAGGCAGGUGUCCAAAUUGUUCAAGGUGGUUGUGUUAAACACUAAUUAUUGCGCCCGUAUUAACUUUUGGCUGAUGUAUAACCCAAACGACCUUGGUCAACAGUUGAAGUGGUUGGUCAGGGAGUUGGCCGCAGCUGAGGCUAGUGGUCAGUCGGUCCAUAUUAUUGGUCACAUACCGCCCGACAAUACACAGUGUAUAUCACAAUUUGUUCACAAUUAUCUACGGAUUGUUCAACGAUAUAAUCAGACAAUUAAGGGCCAGUUUUUUGGCCAUACUCAUUUUGAUGAGUUUAGGGUAAUGUAUGCGCCCAAUAAUGCAUCCGUGCCAACCGGUGUCGCAUAUCUGGCCUCUAGUGUUACACCCUAUGAGAAGGUUAACCCGGCGUUUAGAUUUUACACCGUUGACUCGGCGGGAACUAUUUUGGAUCAUCAAAACUACUACACAAACCUAACCUACUCUAACAUACACUCACUCGUGGCGCCCGUCUGGACGGUCGGGUAUACCGCGAAACAGGCCUACAAUAUGUCAUCGAUGGCACCGCAAGAGUGGCACCGGUUAUACAGCCGUAUGAAAGAAGAGGACCACUUAUUUCAGUCAUUUUACACCAAUUAUCACAGAUAUAGUGACGCUUUUGACAUCAACUGUACCCAAGAUGACUUCUAUAAGAGGUACGGAAAUAAAUGA